AUGCAACAAGAAGAUUCAAACUUCUAUUCUGCAAUUGACUUUUAUGUAGAUGGACGCAUACGGAACUUGUUUUGGGCAGAUGCAAGGAGUACGGCGGCUUAUAAAGCAUUUGGGGAUGUUGUCUCAUUUGACACCACCUACCUCACAAACAAAUAUGAUAUGCCAUUUGCUCCAUUUGUAGGAGUUAUCACCAUGGACACCACUCCUCCAAAAGCUAUUAUAAUUGACCAGUGUAGAGCCAUGCAAAAUGCCAUAGAAAUUGUCUUCACACAGGCUCGACAUCGUUGGUGUUUAUGGCAUAUAAUGAAGAAAUUGAGCAGAUAUUCCCAAUAUGAAGCCAUCAAAUUCGCUUUACAAAAUGCAGUGUCUGAUUCUUUCAGAAAAGAUGAAUUUGAUGAGGAAUGGCAAAUGAUGAUUGAAAAGUUUAGCCUCCAUGACAACGAGUGGUUGGGGUACGACAAUGCAUUGAGAAGUAAGGUGGAGAAGGAGACCAAAGCAAACUUCAAAUCUCGAAACAAAUUGUAUGAUUACUUAACGGUGUAUGAGUUUGAGAAGCAAUUUCGUGCAGCCUACACAAAUGCAAAAUUUAAAGAAGUUCAAGUAGAAUUGAAGCGCCUACUGUAUUGUCAUGCAACUCUUGUGAAGGAGAAGAGAUCCAUUUGUACUUAUCAUGUCAAGGAAGUUGUGCUUGUGGGUGAGAAAAUGAAGAAAGUUGAAUUUAUUGUUUACUUUAAUUCAAUUGAAUUUGAAAUGCAAUGUGUGUGUCAGUGGUUUGAGUUUAGGGGGAUCAUGUGUGCCCAUUCCCUUAGUGUGCUCAUUGAGAGGUGCAUAUAUGAGGUUCCAGAUAAAUACAUUAUGCCGAGAUCGAGAAAAGAUUUGGAAAGAAGGUACACAUGUAUUCCAACGACAUACACGAAAUCCGGGGCUGUCCUCAAUGCAAAGGUACAUGAUAACUACCACAAGACAUUGGAUGAAAUUAUAGAAAUUGCUUCCAACGAUGAUGGUAAACACAAAGCCAUUCAACUUGGGUUGAGAGAAAUCAAGGAAAGAGUAAGAAAAGAUGAAUCUGGUUGUACGAGUAAUGUGUCACCUUCUAGUAGUACUGUCCCACCUUGUAGUAGUAAUGUGCCACCUUCUAGUGCUACUCACAAGGUUCUUAGUCCUUUGGUUGCUCGCCGAAGAGGCCGUCCAUGUACGAAACGGAAAGUAAGCAAGGUGGACGAAAUAGUGAAUUGA